AUGGACACGCCAGUAGACGAGGAGAAAAGGAUGUUGAAUGCGAUUGGUCAGUAUUUGCUUGGGGAAGAAUACAUACCGAAUUCCUCUUCGACGGCCGCUGCGGAGGAACAACAAAAUUAUGAGGAAAGCGAGGCAAGCAUGGCUGUAGAGGGAGCUGAAAAUAAGAAUAAAGAGGGAGAGAAACAUUACAGGGGAGUGAGGUUCGUUAAGGCUCGCGGUAAAUAUGCUGCAGAAAUUCGAAACCCAGACAAGAAGGGUUCCAGACUUUGGCUUGGCAGCUAUGAAACAGCCGAAGCGGCCGCAGCCGCAUAUGACCGUAAGGCUUUUGAAAUCCGCGGUUCAAGGGCUACCCUAAAUUUCCCUCUAAAUGUUGAGUCCGGACAGUAUGUGGAUCCCUUUUCUCAACCCUCUUCUUCGCACACUCCAUCAAACAUACCGAAGAAAAGGAAGACACAAGGGAAAGAUGAAGGUCAAUCACCCAAAGAAUUAGGUUCAGAUUAA